GCGGCUUUCGUCCAUUUGCUAUCAAUAUUGCACAGAUAAUAAAUGAAGCAAAAGAAGAUAUUGCCCAAUAAUAUGGUCCAUAAUUGAUCCGAGAACUCAUUUCAUCGUUCCUUGGUUGAUAAUGACAUAGACGUACCUUGUCUUGUGCAAUAAAUAAGUUCUUGAAUGUCUCGUUCAUGGCCACCUCGCCGUCCGUGUCUUACCCGGCUUCCUCCUCCUCCUCAUCUUCUUCUUUUCCUUACCCUCUGAUACUGCCAACAAGAGAAGUGCAGUAAUAUCAUAUUGCCUGUGCUGAUUCCUUAAGCCCACCACAGCUUCAACGCCUAGAACUUAACAAUCAUAUCAGUGAAUCAGCCAAAGUUAUUCUCAUAGUAGCUGAAGUACCGAAGUAACUCUGAGAUAUGACAUGGUCUUUGCAAUCUGGUUCCGCAAGAGCCACAGUGGAAGAGGAUCCUAUGGACAUCUCGCUUCGGACUGGUAGCCGAUUGGAGAUCUGAUAGUGUACACGGAUCUUCCACACCUCGACGGGGAUACGCGAUAAGAUUUAUGUGACUCCGCGAAGAUCGGACAAUCUGACCUUGAAUAAGCCAGUGGGUCCUACGUCAACGACUAGUCCACAGCCUUCUAAAUCAAUUUGGCAUGUGGUAAUCAGAGGCCAAACCGUUAGCAUCGCUUUGGAGAUUCAAAGGAGAGAAGGUCGUACUGAAGGUUCUCUAUAAAUUGGAUGCAUUGCCAGAGCUCCUACGCACAAGACUUGUAUCUCCCCAGCUAACUAAUGGCUUCAGCUGUCCUCCUAACCUGCUCUUGUGUUCUGUUUCUGCUCCUAAGCUACCGUUCUCACCUUGCCAAUGGAGAAGUACAGAGCUACCAUAAGGUUCAAAGACGUUCUUUGAAUCCCGGAGCAGUCUGCUCUCCGCUCAAAGGAUCCAACGUUACCUCUAUACGGUUGGUCAGUCGGUAUGGACCCUGCUCCCCCUUCGAGACAAAGGAACUGCCAUCACUUGAACAAAUCCUUCUUAAAGACCAACUUCGAGUAAAUUAUCUCCUAAAGGGUGUCGCGAAGUCUUCUACUGAUGAUUCCAAGGUAAGCAUCUCCGCCAUGGACGCAGGAGAGGAGUAUGUGAUCAACGUCAGCUAUGGCACCCCCGUCCUAGAGCAGACUGUGACGAUCGGCACCGGAACCGACCUGAGUUGGAUCCAAUGCAAACCAUGCAACGUGUGCUACCCGCAGGAGCAGCCGAUCUUUGACCCAUCCCAAUCAUCCACCUACGCCGUGAUCCCUUGCAACUCGCCGACCUGCAGUCAGCACCAAGGCAGCUGCUCUAGCUCUUGCGCUUAUAACUUCACCUACAUCGAUGGGUCGAACAGUUCAGGAGUCUACAGCCACGACAGACUGACGCUAUCGCCUAACGACACGAUCGAGAACUUCCUCUUCGGGUGCGGCACCGACAACAAAAUGGUAUUCCAAGACGCCGCAGGGCUCGUGGGUCUUGGCCGUGGCAAUCUCUCUCUGGUGUCUCAGACGUCGCAACUUUACCACUCGGUCUUCUCCUACUGCCUUCCUUCGACUUCCAGCAACACGGGGUUCCUAAAACUGGGCGAACCUGGUGACGACUCCAACACCGUUUACACUGCAAUGCAGACCAACUCCACGUUUCCAAUCUUCUACUUCGUUGACCUGAUCGGAAUCAGCGUAGCCGGGCAGCAGCUCGCCAUUUCGCCAUCGGUUUUUAGGUCCGGUGGCACGAUAUUGGACUCCGGCGCUACGUUCACUUACCUCCCGCCGUCGGCCUACGAGGCCCUGAGGUCGGCGUUCCAGGAGCAAAUGUCGGCAUACCCUCUUAAGCCUCCUAACGGAAUACUUGAUACCUGCUAUGACUUUAGCGGCUACGAGACCAAACCAGUUCCCGCCAGCAUAACACUGCACUUUGGUGAUGGAGUCACCCUGGACGUCGACUCGUCUGGGAUCCUCUUCGAUGACUGCUUGGCAUUUUCUGCUAAUCAAGUUGUUGACACCGGGGUUAUUGGCAAUGUGCAGCAGCGAACAUAUGAAGUAGUCUACGAUGUAGGAAAUGAGAGAAUUGGAUUCGCGCCGAACGCUUGCAGCUGAUCAGUAUCACCUCAUGCAUAUAUAUAAAUAUAAAUAAAUCAAUAGCAUGAGGCAUAAGGAUAUAUAGCAUGCACCUGCAGCUGGCAGUCAGCCUCUAUUACCUUCACCAGAAUUGUCUACCGUUCUAUUUCAGCAUCCACCUCCCUGUUCUUCUGUACGUGUGCCUCUUUUCUUGGUUAAUUAUGU